CAGGGCAGGUCGCAGUAUCCGUAGCCGAUUUGUUCUUCGUCAGUCAGCGCGUGUGGUGAGUCGUCGUGUUCGAUCAAGUGCUCCGCUAAAUAAUUAUAAAUUUAAGUGUGUGUGUUCCGUCUCACCACCAGCACCGUCAUAAAACACACACACCUUUCCACCGCCGACAGGGUUUUUAUUUUAAGGAACAUAGAAGUGCAUUUUCUUAGGGAAAGCGGACUGCCGUUUGGUUUUGUUUUUUUCUAAAUAUUUCACACCGUAUACACAAACCCCAUUCUGAUUGCAUAGAUCGGACCGACGUCUCCAUUUUUGCGGAAAACCAGUAACUAAUAAUUUGUUGUAUGAGUCAGAAAGCCGAAAGACCAGUACUAUCAGGUCAACGCAUCAAGACCAGGAAAAGGGAUGAAAGAGAGAAGAAUGACCCCACGGGAUUCCGUGACGCGGUCAUUGCAGGUCUUGAAGCAGCUGAAGAUCUAGAGCAAAUUUCCAAGUAUCUUGAUAGCGCUGGUAAUAAACUCGACUAUCGUCGCUACGGUGAAGUAUUAUUCGAUAUCCUAAUUGCUGGUGGAUUACUUGUACCCGGAGGAUCUAUCUCACAAGAUGGCGAGAAACCACGUACCGAUCGCUGUCUAUUCGCAGCAUCGGAAGACAUGGAAUCGAUGCGCAACCAUGAGCAGAUCUUUAUGCGGCUUAUGCGUCGAUACAAGUAUCUCGAGAAAAUGUUUGAGGAGGAAAUGAAGAAAAUUCUGAUCUUCAUCAAGGGUUUUACUCCGCUGGAAAGGAUUAAACUCGCGCGCAUGACAGCUUUGUGGAUGGUCAACGGUUCGAUUCCUCCGCAAGUGCUGCACGUGCUGAACAAUGAACACCUCACGAAGGACGGGCUUGCGUUGGAAUUUUUGCUGGAGGUGUUCACCGUCUUCAAGCAGGAGAAGGGUAACGCGCCGCUGGUUGCGACCCUCCGCAAAGGCGGCCUCGACACCCGCCUGAUGGAAUUUCUGCCCAUGAACAAACGCAACGAGGACUACCUCAAAACGGUGCUCGUCGAAAAGGAGCUGGCUGACGUUUUCAAGCUUCACAUGAACCAGGCAAGCCAGGAAGCGAAACGCGAACUGACCCAGCUGCUGAUUGAUGAUAUUAACGAUAACAAGGCAAUUAAGGAUAUUAUCGCCGACGCCAAGGAAAUGUCGACGAAAUUUAACAUUCCCGAGCAUGAAGUGGUUGGUCUUAUUUGGUCCACGAUUAUGUCGCUUGCCGAGUGGAACAAAAAGGAAGAGCUCGUUGCAGAGCAGGCCAUGAAGCAUCUGCGAACGUACAUCCAGCUGUUCGAAGCAUUCACCACCACCGACCGGUCCGAGAUGGCUCUGCUUUUGAAGGUGCAAGAGUUCUGCUAUGAGAACAUGAACUUCAUGAAGGCGUUCUCUAAAAUCGUUCUGCUCUUCUAUAAAACCGAGAUUGUCACGGAGGAUUCAAUUCUCAAGUGGUAUAAGGAGGGCCAUUCGAACAAGGGCAAAAUGCACUUUAUCGAGCAGAUGAAGAAGUUCAUCGAGUGGCUGCAGAAUGCUGAAGAGGAAAGCGAAUCUGAAGAGGAGGACUAAAAUUUUAUCAAGUCACUCGGCGCGCGGUACAAGCCACCGGCGCUGCUUCUUCUGAUCGAUCAUCGAUCGCGAUCCUGCUCGUCGUCGUUGUCUUCAUCGUUUCACACCACAAACAUCAAUCCCCACGACGGAGGUUGUCGCAGCAGAACUUUACGCAAUUACGUUGUUCUUUUUUGACGUGUACCCAAAUACGGAUAAUAAUAGCAUCGAAACAUUUUACAAAUCCCUAUACACGUGGAGUCGUUUUUGAUUUUUGAACGAAUGCCGAAUUUUGUUUCGUGUAUGUUUUUUGAUGCUAUCGCAUUGCGCGCGCCUGGUUUUGGAUAGGAUGACAAGAUAUGUGACUGUUCAAAUCAUUGUCAAAGCCAACUAUUUCAGUUCCGGUGUGUCUCGCACGCCGAGGCGAUUAAAAUUCCUAGAUUCCGACAUCAUCUCAGUCUGGGCAAAUUUUCAAAAGUGUACCAUCUGUCAAACGUUGGUAUUUGUUUUCGCUUGCGAAGCGAUGCUUGAUUGUUUUAUUUAGUUAAACUGAUACUCGCUGCCCAGAGCAAGCUUAUCACUAUUUGGCGAGGAAGAAGCAAAUCAAGAAACGAAGAAGUUGAUAAAUUGAUGAAACAUACAAACAAAAAAUAUAAACAAGACCGUCAUAAACACCA